CAACCAGCCUCCGUACUUAGCAGCCGGUCUGAUGUAAUUGACUCGUUCCAUCCCGUUCAGUUUCUAUCCGUCCUUCGACACGGUUGUUGCGCUGGUUCCAAAACAAACUGAAGUGCGUCCGGCUCUCGUUUCCUUUGGAUUAGUAUUCAGCCGGUUCCCCACAACAACCGGUCAAGGUGAACGUGAUGCGCAACCAGGCAAGCGACACUUACGACCUCAAGAUGAAGAAAACAAGAGAUAGAGCCGAGUUUUUCAAAAUGAUGUCGGAGUUCCCGGUGGACGGCACAGAGAAUGGCGAGGUCACCCCGAAGAUGGCGUCGACCAUGGAGAACUUCCAGAAGAAAAACUCGGUCGGCUCCUUACCGACCAAGCACGCCAGCUCGUGCGCACAACAGAUGCUGUCCAACAGCACAACCUCCUCGCGCGUCGCCAAGACCUCAUGCUCCUCGAGUUCCUCGCAGCGCGUCCACCACGUCACCAGCAGCGAGAUGAAGGCGUCGUCCAUGAAGUCUGACCUGACCGAGUUGAAGUCGAGCAUAUCCGAGAUGAAGAAUAUCUCCAGUGUGAAUUUCAACUCUUUGAGAAAGUCCAUGGAGGACCUGGUCGACAUGGAUGACGGCGGGGGAGGAGGAGGGAACGGGGAGCCCCUGGUGACGUUCCCGGACACCCCGGACUCCCCGACACCCGCCGGUGGAGUCCUACUCCCUUGCAGCAACGGAUCUCUCGCCUCCUCAGCGGCCAUCUCUUCGGCAGCGACCUCGGCGACCUCCUCCUCGACCACCACCUCGGAGACGGUAAAGUACGAGCAGAAACGGAUGAAGGUCGUGACGGACCAGUACAGCGCUGAGCAGGAGACCGCGAACUCGGAGGAGAGACGCCACGUGCAGACUGGAGAGAUGAGUUAUCAGGAACAGAGCGCAGCGCAGGCCCUCAGAGCGCGGCUGGAGGUCGACGGAGUCUCCGCUGAGAAGAGCCUCAACAUGAAACAGGAGCAAAGAUCGCUCAAGGCGGGGGAGAUCACUCAGCAAGAGAGCCAGAACAUGAGUGCCGCAACCAUGAGGCUGCAGACUGACUCCUUCACUGCGGAAAAGAAGGCGAUGCAGCAGCGGCAGACGGUGAGUUCUACGGGGAUUUUCAACCAGGAGAAACACCAUGUGGCACAGAGCUCACAGGCCAACAUCACCAUCACCACCAAGGGCAUCAGCACCAAGUCUUCGCUUCUGUCCUCCCAGAUGAGCCAGCUGGUGAAUGGCACAUCAGUGAAGAGUUUAGAGGACAACAGCCUGCAGAACUUCGAGGAUCUAGAGAGGCUGACAGUGACGUCGGGACCGCAGGAAGUAGAGCGAGCGAUACACAAGUACUCGGGUGCGCUCAUCGGUCUGGUACAGAGCAUCAAGCGAGGGGAGACCAAGCGAGCGCCUGUCUUCCUCAACAACAUCAAUGAGAUGAUGCGAAAAGCUUGGGCUGUACCUGCACAUGGACACGAGCUAGGAUAUACUCUGUGCAACACACUUCGAGAAUGCGGUGGACUGGACCUGCUGAUGAACAACUGCGAUGUGGAUGACAGAGAUCUUCAGUUCUCGAGCGCUCGGCUGCUGGAACAGUGUCUCACCACAGAAAACCGAGCGCACGUUGUUGAGAACGGUCUCGAGAAGGUGGUUACUGUUGCUUGUGUCUGCACCAAGAAUGCCAACUCUGUUGACCACUCACGUGUCGGUACCGGAAUAUUACAACACCUGUUCAAGCACAGUGAGGGGACUUGUAGUGACGUGAUCCGACUGGGUGGUCUGGAUGCAGUGCUCUUUGAGUGUAGGAAGAACGACAUAGAGACAUUACGACAUUGUGCUGGAGCUUUGGCGAAUCUCUCCCUCUAUGGAGGGGCAGAAAACCAAGAGGCUAUGAUCAAGCGUAAGGUGCCAAUGUGGCUGUUUCCACUGGCAUUCCACAACGAUGACAAUAUCAAAUACUACGCCUGCCUUGCCAUUGCGGUGCUUGUUGCCAACACGGAGAUCGAAGCAGCCGUUUUGAAGUCAGGCACUUUGGACCUUGUAGAGCCUUUCGUGACCUCACAUAAUCCUUCAGAAUUUGCAAAGUCAAACCUCGCCCACGCUCACGGGCAGAGUAAAGACUGGCUACAGAGGCUAGUACCCGUUCUCAGCUCUAAGAGGGAAGAGGCGAGAAACCUUGCUGCAUUCCACUUUUGCAUGGAGGCCGGAAUCAAGAAACAACAAGGGAAUACAGAAAUAUUCAGAGAUAUUGGGGCGAUUGAACCUCUCAAAAAGGUCGCCAGCUGUCCUAACGCUGUUGCGUCAAAGUAUGCAGCGCAAGCACUCAGACUCAUCGGAGAGGAAGUGCCUCACAAACUAAGCCAACAAGUUCCGCUUUGGUCGUCCGAAGAUGUACGGGAAUGGGUUAAACAGAUUGGGUUCCUAGAGUACGCCAACAACUUCAUAGAGAGCAGAGUUGAUGGUGACCUGCUGCUUCAGCUGACGGAAGAAAAUCUACGUGACGACAUCGGCAUUGUUAAUGGAAUCAGACGAAGAAGAUUCACAAGAGAACUUCAGAAUUUGAAGAAGAUGGCCGAUUAUAGCAGCAGGGACGCCACAAACCUCAACACAUUCCUUCAGAGCAUGGGCCCCGAGUUUUCCAUUUACACCUACUCCAUGCUGAAUGCCGGAGUUGACAGAGAUUCCAUCAGGUGCUUAUCGGAAGAUCAGCUACUCAAUGAGUGCGGAAUCACCAAUAGUAUUCACAGGCUUAGGAUCCUUGAUUCUAUCAGAGCAAUAGAGAACAACCUCUCUAACUCGUGUGAAGAGAAUCUGGACAAGUCUCUGGACGUGUUUGUUAGCUACCGGCGUUCCAACGGGUCUCAACUCGCCAGCUUGCUGAAGGUCCAUCUGCAGCUGAGGGGUUUUACAGUGUUCAUCGACGUUGAGCGGUUGGAGGCUGGGAAGUUUGAUAACAACCUGCUCCAGAGCAUUCGACAAGCCAAGCACUUCCUCUUGGUGCUCACCCCCAGCGCCUUGGAAAGGUGCCGGGAAGACAGCGAGUGCAAGGACUGGGUGCACAGGGAGAUCGUAGCUGCUCUCCAGUCCAACUGCAAUAUCAUUCCUAUCAUCGACAACUUCAGUUGGCCGGAGCCUGAGGAGCUACCGGAGGACAUGAGGGCAGUCUGUCACUUUAAUGGUGUCAGAUGGAUCCACGACUACCAGGACGCCUGUGUGGAUAAGCUGGAGCGGUUCAUGAGGGGAGAAAUGAACAUGCGAGGAGACGGUCCCAUGCGGGGAGUCGGAGCGAUGAGUAACAGCAGUAAGGGGGAUGUGACCCCGGGGACGCCCUCCAUCGUCAGGGCCCCACCCACCUACCAGCGCAUGCACUCCAACGAGAGCGGCAAGGGUAGCGACAAGGAUGUCAACGGCAACCGUGAUUGACUAGAGGGGCCCGCCAGGCGACGUAAGUCGUCGAGUCCAUUGACGCCAGCCUGGCGGCCUCCGACUAGUCCGAAAGGGAGAACUCGUCGGCGGAAGGUAGCACCUCCUUCACGGACUCACAGUGUGGAAGGGCUUCUGGAUUCUUCAGUGAACCGAGGAGUCAACUCUCCUCCAGAGGCGCCCUCACGGAGUCAGAGCACCGAAAGGAUAAUCGAUUCCCCACCUCCUCCCUCACGCACACACAGUUCUGACGCUCUGUUGGAGUCCACUCCAGUAUCCGAUGCGGUUACUGAACCACUGCUGGAGAAGUCUGCCAGCCUCGGUGAAGACCUAGACACCAUCUCCGACUCGGUUACCUCCAGUAGCGAUACCCUCAAGCGAAAACGGAACUUUAUGGACCGGUGUGUGAACAAGGUGCGGUCCCUGAUCAAGAAAUAAUUCAUAGCCGAUACCAGUGAGCAAAUUGUAAACACAAAGUGUUGUUCUCGAGAUCUCAUUCUUUAGUCCCCACAGGAUACUGACGUAUCAACCUGUAGUCGUUUCAAGAUAAGACAUGUUUUUGAUGUUUUAAUAAAACAGUUUUUACGAUAAUCAGAAUGAUUUGUACAUUUUACAUAAUAUUUUUUAUUUUCCUCCCUGGAAUGUCUAUAUGGUACAGGUUUCUUGCACAAACUGUAAAUAGAAUUUCAAAUGUAAUUAUUUACAUUACCCAUGAGAUCUUAUGUAGAGUUUUGUUUUGUCUAUGUGCCUUUGUAUACUGCUGUUGUGUCUUUGUUGCCUUUCAAGUGCAGCUAUCGUGUAUAUAUUGUUACAAAUGUUUUGUAUUAAGAUGAUUGUAUAGUGUUAUUGAGUCAGCCUCUUUACGGCUUUAGCAUCAUGUGAUUUUUACAUGGCAGUUAUGUUUAUUUUUAUAUAAUACUGUAGAGUUUUUUAUUAGUUCUCACUCUUGUUUGCCAAUUUAGAUUUUAAGUAGAACAUAAUAGUUGUAUGUGAUAAAUCCUGUAAUUUAGACCUGUGAAUUGUUUUAAUUUAUUGUGUUUAAAUUUCUUUUACAAAAUAAUAAAAUUAACAUAAUUGAAAAUAAAAUUAUUUUAGUAAGCUAA